AAGUUUGUCUGGAUAUACCUUUAGACUCACUGGUUUCUUCUUCGUAUGGUUAAUAACCUCUUUCUUUUACGACAGGGAACGUAAUUCUAAACAGAACAAAAUGUCCAUUCGACCGGUCUACCGACCAAAAAUUGUAAAGAAGAGAACUAAAAAGUUCAUAAGGCAUCAAAGUGAUAGAUAUGACAAACUCAAGCGCAACUGGCGUAAACCAAAAGGUAUCGAUAACAGAGUCCGCAGGCGUUUCAAGGGACAGUAUUUGAUGCCUAGCAUUGGAUAUGGUAGCAAUAAAAAAACACGGCAUAUGCUACCAACUGGCUUCAGGAAGGUCCUAGUACACAAUGUUAAGGAACUUGAAGUCUUGAUGAUGCAGAAUCGUAAAUUCUGUGCGGAGAUUGCACAUGCAGUCAGUAGCAAAAAAAGGAAAGCUAUCGUUGAGCGUGCACAACAGCUCUCGAUACGUGUGACUAAUGCCAGUGCACGUUUACGUUCGGAAGAGAACGAGUAAACAUUGUUUUCCGUCUGUAUUUUGGAAAUAAAAUAUUAAAAAUAUUUCCUGUC